AACAAUGAUUCACCGGCCCAUCUCCUCCCCGAUAAACAAAGAAAACAUGGUCCCCCGAAUCCCAAAACGACGUCGUUUGGGAAAACACUAGUCCACGAAACACAGAUGUGAGGGAGAUCUGAAUUGGGAGUGACGAAGACAUGGCUUUAUCAUCGAAGGGAGGGGUGAGCACUGUUACAGUUCUCGUUCUUUCCAUCUCUGUCGCCGCCGUAUUCCUCUUCCUCCUCCUCUCCUCCCUCUACUCCUGCUCUUGCCCCAUCCCCCCCGCUCCUUCCUCCGUCGGCAGCGAUGUCGGUGAUGGUGGUGGUGGUGGUGGCCGCGGCGGCAGUGGGGCAUUUGAGGGUCGGAUAUCGACGAGUUCGGAGGAUGUGGAGUGGGUGAAAGGUCAGAUCAAAGUGAAUGGUUUGAGAAUGCAGGACAAUGUGCUGCGUAAGGGCAUCAAUCCUCGCACUCGCCAGCAGCAGCUCCAAGAUCUCAUUGAAUUCAAAGGCAUAUCUCACUAUGAAGAACCUGAAGAGGGCAACCAUACGGCACUCCCAUGUCCUGGUGAGCUACUUGUAGAAGAGCACCAUAGCAACUAUGGUGAGCCCUGGGCAGGUGGCCGAGAUGUGUUUGAGUUCAUUGCUGAGUCGGUACACCUCAGUCCUGACUCCCGUGUCCUCGAGAUUGGGUGUGGGACACUUCGUGUUGGCUUGCAUUUCAUUCGAUACCUGAACCCUGAGCACUACCACUGUCUAGAGAGGGAUGAGCUUUCCCUAAUGGCUGCAUUCAGGUAUGAGCUUCCUUCCCAAGGCCUGUUGUACAAGCGUCCUCUGAUUGUGAGAGGUGAAGAUAUGGAUUUUAGCAGGUUUGGAUCUGGAGUUGUGUAUGAUUUGAUAUAUGCUAGUGCUGUAUUUCUUCAUAUGCCUGAUAAGCUUGUUUGGGUUGGAUUGGAGAGGCUAGCAAAUAAAUUGAAACCUUAUGAAGGUCGGAUCUUUGUAUCACAUAAUAUAAAGUUCUGCUCGCGUUUGGGAGGAGAGGAGUGCACAAAGAGGCUUACAAGUUUAGGACUUGAGUAUGUUGCCAAGCAUACACAUGAUAGUUUACUCUUCAAUCAUUAUGAGAUUUGGUUUGAGUUCAGGAGGUCAAAAGCUUAGAGUUCUUUCAAUUUAGUCUUUUUGGGUUUAGUUAUUAGCGAUUUUGAAGCAAGCAAUGCAGCUGUCAGCUGAAAGUGGGCACAUGGUGUUGCUCUUUGUUGGUAUGGUGACAUUUUUUGGAAUGUUGGAUUUUCAAUGCUCUGUUGAUAUUUGUACGUGGAAGAAAGAAGGCUUACUCACUUGCAAAUUUUUUUAGAUGAAUCGUAAAUCUGGCAGGAAGUGGGGGCCCUGCUUUGUAUUUUUGACAUGAAAAUGAUUGUGUAACUAUUAUUUAGGUAUUUGAGAUUGAGUGCAAAUGAGGGGGCUUUGUGUUAUUUGAGACUGACACACCAUGUAAUGAGUAGUAUAUAUUUGGAAUUUGUUAAUUAGCUGCAGUACAGACAUUUUAUCUUGCCAUU